AAGCCGUUAUAAUGCAUAACUAACUCCCUGAUAGUGAAACAGAGACUUAUAUAUACACACAACUUAAAGAAGAGAAGCAGAAACACAACCCUCUCUUCAUUUUCUUUUCUUUUCUUUUCUUUUCUUUUCUUUUCUCUUCCUUUCUUUUCUUUUCUCUCCAAGCAAACAGAAAAAUGGUAACGUUCCAUAUUGAGAAGCCAUCACUACUUGACAACGAGGAGGAAGCACUUAAAGAAAACUGUAAUUUGGAGUCCCCAGCUUUGAGUUUUGAUGCUUUUAACAAUCAACAGAAGCGCCGUCUUAGAUAUAAUGUCGCGGACUUGUUUGUUAAAAUUGUGCAUACUGACCACAUCAGUCGCUCCGGUCCAUAUCUCGCUAUGCAUUACUUUGACAGAUUUAUUUCAGUAAAUAAUAACCUGCCGAUUUUGGUGAAAAAUGAAUUUAACUACCGUUGGCGUAUCACAGCAAUCUGUUGCCUUGGUCUUGCCUUGAAAAUAAGAACCAACAGCUCCUUCACAUACAGAAGAUUUCUGGCUAAUAAAACACCGAAACUUAUCGUAGACGUCCAUGAAAACGAUAUCCUGAAGGUUGAGAUUCUCAUUCUCCGUGCGCUUGAUUAUAACCUGCGUUCCGUAACUGCUUUAUGCUUCAGAUCCUACUUCGAGUCCUUAGUAGCAGAACCGAAUGUCAAACCAAAUGUCAAAGAGAUUAUAGUUCAAUCACAUGGAGAUAUACGCUUAGCGCGAUACAAUCCCUCAGUCAUAGCAGCAUCAGCUGUUCUUGCUUCUUACUAUAAGGACCCUGCCUGCCUGCAAGCUCUAUUACAAGGCCGUGUCCACCUGGACGAAAAUACAGUAGAUUACUGCGCAAGAUUGAUCUUCGAUAUGUGCAAUCAAAAGCUAAUCCCGUUUUUGGAGAGAAAUAUCGUAGCAGGGGAAACAUCAGCAGAAAAACCGCGUAAAAGUUCAUCAUCAGACACCGAAGAAGAACAAGCUGAAGCAUUAUUAGACACAGAAGAAGAUCAUGCUGAACCAUUACCACACCGACCCGGAAAAGAGCCGAUGUUCAAGGAAGAAACUGGAACGAACGCCUUCAAAAUAAUGGCAGACUUAAUGGGCAAAGCUCGUGAGCAUAAGAAACGAGAAAAUAAGAUCGACGUCAGCAAAGUAAUGGCAGAUGUAGUGAAAGAAGCGGGUCAGAGUAAAGAAGAAAAAAAGAUAAAAAGUUGUGAGAAAGUAAUGGAAGAGUUUAAAUUGGAAUUGAAGUGGAUGAUGGGUGUGAAGGAAGAAGAACUGAUAUUAGAUCCAUCUCAGUUUCCUAAUGCAUAUGAAAGUGAUCCAAAACAAAAAAGUAAAGGUGGCAAGAUGAAGUUUAUUCUCAGCAAGUUUAAGUGCUGUGUGAAGAUAGACAAGGAUAAACAAGAUUAGUUCAGUAAAAUACAGCAAUUAUAAGAUGUCCAGAUUAGUUUUGUUUUAGUUGUUCAUUUAAACAAACGUAUAUGUCUAUAAAUAAAUAACAUUUUAAAAGUUUUAAUUGUUU